GGAAACCACCAAGCUCCUCCAUUGGCCCGCCUUCCAGACGCAUCCUAACAGUAAUACCACCACCUCCACCACCUCCACCACCUCCACCACCUCCACUACCACCACCACCACCACUUCCACUGACACACCACCACCACUGACACACCAACAUCACCCUUAACAUGCUGGCAGUCUAGGCCUGUCUCCCAAGCUGUGUCCCACCCGAGACUGAGGCAGCUUCUCCCACGGAGAUCCACACCCCCAGGGGGACCAUCACAGAGAUGGCUGAUUCAGACCCCUCGUCCCCCUCCGAUCCCCCACAGCCUCUGAGCUCCCCCCGCACCCCCCUCUCCCUGUCCUUCCCCUUCCUCAGGCAGGGAAGUCGGGUGUGGGAAAGGGAGAGGAAACCCCCCGUGAUGCCAGGCGAGCUGCCCAGCCCUCUGCCCACCAAACGCACCCGCACAUACUCAGCGACGGUGCGGGCCAGAUCAGGCCCAGUGUAUAAGGGCGUGUGCAGGACCUUCUACAGGUGCCAGGGUCAUGGCUUUAUAAAGCCCUCCAACGGUGGAGAGAACAUCUUUGUACACAUCUCUGAGUGAGUGGUUCUGAAGCAUUAAGAUUAUAAUUGUAUGAUAAAGCAAUAAGGUAUAUUGUGAUUAUAAUAUAUGAUAUUAUGUACAAUGCAUAGCGGUAUAACACUUGUCAGUCCUAAAGUGUUUUGGUGUAGAUUAUAAUUGUCAGUCCUAAAGUGUUUUGCUGUAGAUUAUAAUUGUCAGUCCUAAAG